CCGCGCAUGCGCACGGCCGCCGGCUAGGCGCCGAGGCAGCAGCAUCAUGGCGGCGUCCACUCGUAGCGUGCAGUGCGCUUUGCGGAGAGCGAUAGCCCCGUCGUUGGUGGUGAUUUUGGGAGCUACCGGCACCGGCAAGUCCAAGCUGGCGAUCGAGAUUGGAAAACGGCUCCAGGGGGAAAUAAUCAGCGCCGACUCCAUGCAGGUGUACCAGGGUCUUGACAUCAUCACCAAUAAGGUGACCGCUGAGGAGCUCUCCCAGUGCAGACAUCACAUGAUCAGCUUUGUGGACCCGCUAGUUAGCAGCUACACGGUGGUGGACUUCAGGAACAAAGCCCUGGCUCUAAUAGAUGACAUGCACAGCAGAAACCAACUUCCAAUCGUUGUUGGAGGAACAAAUUAUUACAUUGAGUCUCUGCUAUGGAAAGUCCUGCUGGAUACAGGGCAGGAGAACGAAGAGUCAGGGGAUGGAGGAGAUGGGGCUCCAAACAGGAAAUUGGAGCUGGAAAAACUGGGAGGAGCUGAGUUACACAAACGACUGGCAGAGGUGGACCCCAAAAUGGCUGCCAUGUUGCACCCCAAUGACAAACGCAAGAUUGCAAGGAGCCUGCAAAUCCAUGAGGAGACGGGCAUCCCCCAUAGUCACUGGCUUGAGGAGCAGAUGGAGCAGGAAGGAGGCAAUGGGUUGGGGGGGCCACUGAGGUACCCAGACCCCUGCAUUUUCUGGCUGCACGCUGACAUUGAGGCUCUAGAUAAGCGGUUGGAAGCUCGUGUAGAUGAGAUGUUGUCUGCAGGACUGAUAGAGGAGCUCAGAGACUUCCAUGUCCGCUACAAUCAGCAGAAAGUCCAGGAUGACAGUCAGAGCUAUCAACAUGGGAUUUUCCAGUCGAUUGGUUUUAAGGAGUUUCAUGAUUACCUGACCGCUCCUGAAAGCAGCACCCAGCAGGAGAAAGACACACUACGAGACAAAGCUUCCUUUAAACUCUGUCCAGGUAUAGAAGCUGUAAAGAUUGCUACAAAGCGUUACGCCCGCAAACAGAAUAAAUGGGUCCGUAACCGCUUCCUUAAACGACCUGGAGACAACGUGCCAGUGGUGUAUGGUCUGGAUGUGACAGACAUGUCGAGGUGGGAGGAGACAGUGCUGAACCCUGCACUGCAGAUACUGGACAGUCUCAGUAAGGGUGAGGAGCCGACAAUUCCACCAAUCAGAGUACAGGAGGCGGGGCAGAAAAACAAACGGAACCUCCACACGUGUGAUCUGUGUGACAAAGUGAUCAUUGGUGACCUUGAGUGGACAGCUCACCUGAAGUCCAAGAAGCAUCACUAUCAUGUGAGGAAGAAGAGGAAGUCUGAUCCAGCCAGUGACCAGUCCCAGUGUACCGCUGCAGCUCCUGCCUCUGCAGGAGAGACACUCUCGAAGGACGCUUGUGCUCCCGUUGCCCCGGGAUCCAGUGAAACCUCUCAGGAGUCUUCCCAAGACACCAGGAAAACACACAAGGAAGUACCUGUGACAUUUGAGCAACUGAGCUGAGUCUGGACUACAUACUUGUUUAUUCAAGUUUUCACCACUGUUCUGCACAAACAACUGGAUGUUUCUUUACAGUCCUUAUAGAAUCACAAAUGUGUCCAUGUUUUUUUUUUUUUUCUUGUUGUUUGUUUUUUACUUGGAAGGCCCUUCUGGGAGAGUUUGUACUUGGGCUACUGGCUUGCUUCCCAUUGAGUUCCAUUAAUUCCUCCAAAACAUAAUUUGUCAGAGCACUUAUGUUUCAAAAGGAUGAAAGCUCUCCCGGCCCUGCAAAUUCAUACACCGAUCCUUACCGAAAGCGGACAACAGUGAACAUAUUUGAGACUAUUUUUUUCCCACAUUCGUACCUGAUCAUGGGCUAGGAGUAUGGGUCAUUAAAGCGGUUCAUUUUUGUAGUACAGAUGUAGAUGGUCAAGACAAUUCAGCAUUUUGGAAGGGUAAAUUAGAGGUUUAUUGCAUGUGCAGCCAAAGAAGUAUGUUCUGUGUUCUUUUUUGUCACUUCCUUAAAAACUUGGUUGAAUUGUUAGAAGACAGUUUAUUUUUCUAUUUUUGCUGAAUGUGCCUUACUGAAGUGGUGAUCUUUCAUAUGGUUGUUACUGAAUGAAAGUCUUCCAUUUCUAAAAUUAGCAUUGCAGGAUUUAAGUGUCUCUGCUUUGUGUUAAUCCCACCCACCACGCACUUUAAACUUCAUUCAGCUGGUUUUGAAAAUAUUGAAUAAACCAAAGGAUUGUGAAUUUUCUCAGCCAAUUAA